AUGGCCAUGGAACCUCUGGAAACCCCCAUCAAGGAUGGCAUCCUCUAUCAGCAGCACAUCAAGUUUGGCAAGAAGUCCUGGCGGAAGGUGUGGGCUCUGCUGUAUGCAGGAGGCCCAUCAGGCGUGGCACGGCUGGAGAGCUGGGAGGUCCGGGAUGGAGGUCAGGGGCCAGUGGGUGACAGAUCCACAGGGCCUGGCCGACGGGGUGAGCGGCGAGUUAUCCGCCUGGCUGACUGUGUGUCCGUGCUGCCGGCCGAUGGUGAGAGCUGCCCCCGGGACACUGAUGCCUUCCUGCUCACCACCACCGAGCGAAGCCACCUGCUGGCUGCGCAGCACCGCCAGGCGUGGAUGGGCCCCAUCUGCCAGCUGGCCUUCCCGGGCACAGGGGGGUUUUCCUCAGGAUCAGGGGAGGCUGAGUCUCCCAAGAGGGGCCUCGUCCCCAUGGAGGAAAACUCCAUCUACUCCUCCUGGCAGGAAGUGGGUGAGUUUCCGGUGGUGGUGCAGAGGACAGAGGCUGCCAUCCGCUGCCAGCUGAAAGGGCCCUACCUCCUGGUGCUGGGCCAAGACGCCAUCCAGCUGAGGGAGGCUUCCAUCCCCCAGACCCUCUACAUCUGGCCCUACCGCUUCCUGCGCAAGUUUGGCUCAGACAAGGGUGUGUUCUCCUUUGAGGCUGGCCGCCGCUGCGACACGGGCGAGGGACUCUUUGCCUUCAGCAGCCCCCGUGCCCCUGACCUGUGCAGGGCUGUGGCCGCUGCCAUCUCCCGCCAGCGGGAGCAGCUGCCAGAGCAGGCCGGACCCCGGCCCUGCCCGCUGCCGCGGGCCACUUCUCUGCCCUCCCUGGAACCCCCCGGAGAGCUGCAGGAGGUGCCUCCAGGGCCCGAGCUGUCCACCUCCAGGAGGGCACGUGUGGCUGAGCCUGGGCCGCAGAGCCUGCCGCCGCUGCUGAGCCCCAUGCCCGAUGAGCCAGCGUCCGGGCUCUACGCCUCAGUGUGCAAGGGGGCCAGUGGGCCCCGGACCGCUGCCGAGCACCUCUAUGAGAACUUGUGCAUGCUGGAGGCCAGCCCCAUGCUGACCGAUGGAGGCCCUGAGGCCCGGGAGGGCCCUGGCGGCCACAGCCCCUUGGCCAGCCCCAUCUACCACAACAAUGAGGACCUGAGCUGGCCCAGCUCAUCCCAUGACAGCCGCCUGGAGGCCCAGUACCGGCGGCUGCUAGAGCUGGAGCUGGAUGAGGCCGGGGGCACUGACCGUCCCCGUGCUCAGACAGCCUUCAAGGCCAAGCUGGUGACACUGCUAAGUCGCGAGCGGAGGAAAGGCACUGCCCCCUGUGAACGGCCCUGAACGGCCGUGAGGAGUAGCAGAAGAGAGAGAGGUGCCCUUUCUGGGACAGGAGGGUGGGCCAGCAGGGAAACAAUGGGCACCUGCAGACACAUCCCCAAGUCCCCUAGGGCCUGCAGGGACAGGCAGGUGGCCUGGGGAGGACUCCACCCCGUCCUUCCUGCCCAAGUGUACAGUGUGGAUUCGCUGAUAAUAAAGACCUCCUGCUCCA